UGUGCUGAAAGGAUCUGUGUGCUGGAAAAACGAACAGCAUCACCUGCUGAAAUCAUCAACCAAUAUGGAGCACUUGAUGGUGCACAUCUGGCUGCGGAGAUGCACACUGGAUCUGCCUGAGUGUGUGGUGCAUGUUUGUUUUUGAGCGCUAGAGUGAGAUUGUGUCAAAGCAGAGAGUGUCAUUGAGCUGCUGACAGAGAUUUAUCAGUGUGAACGUGUGUGUGCUGUUAAGAAGGGACCAUGUGGCACACACAGUCAGCAACUUACCUGCUGCUUACCCACCUGCUCUGCCGACCUUUGAACUUUGCUCUGUGUUGGCUGCUUGUGUGGUUGAUGUGGUCAGUCUCCAUGGCAACAGCACUGACCUACCAGCCCACAGUAAACACAGCACUUGGCAGGCUAAGGGGGAUGCGGGUUGCUGUGGCAACGGAGGGUCUAGGCCCUGUGGAUCAGUACCUGGGUGUGCCUUACGCUGCCCCACCUGUAGGAGAGAAGCGCUUCAUGCCACCCGAUGCUCCAUCGGCCUGGUCCGGUGUACGGAACGCCACCCGCUUCUCUCCUGUCUGCCCGCAGACUGUUCGCAAUGCAGUGCCCGACAUCAUGAUGCCUGUCUGGGCCACCUACAACCUUGACACGGUCGCUACGUACCUGCAGGAGCAGAGUGAGGACUGUCUGUACCUGAAUAUAUACGUACCCACACAAAGCGGUACAAAGAGAACGGGCGACAUGUCAGCUGACACAGAGCGUUCGGAGGAUGAUGGGCUUAGGGAUUCUCGAGAUGACCCGCGUCCUGUGAUGCUGUUUAUUCAUGGUGGCUCGUACAUGGAGGGCACGGGGAGCAUUAUGGACGGUAGUGUGCUGGCCAGCUACGGCAAUGUCAUCGUCAUAACCCUCAACUACAGGAUGGGAAUAUUAG